ACGUUCCCUGUACUUCAGUCGUCUGUGUUCUGCCGCGAGGGUUGGUCUAGUUGCACUCGGAGCUUUGUAGCCGCGUCGCGACCGAGCGCACGGCAACUUUGUGAGAAGCUUUCCCGAAUAACUUUUCACUCUGGUUAUAACUGGAUAUUCUAGCAAUGUGAUUUUAUUUUGUGAUUUUUUUUUGAUUUGUGUUUUUCUAAUAAGAGGAAAGGUAAUACCUGGGCAUUCAGCCUGUGGGAUGUUAGAUAUUUUUUUUUAUUCCAAUCGGAGACUUACUAGUCACCAUUCCGAAAUCCAGACAGAAGACCCCAAGAUGCACACGAAAACAAAGAGAUAAGAAAUACAGAAAGGACAAAAGUCCCACCAUGUUCUCUUUAGCUGAAGGCUGUGGGUGUGUGAGUUUCCGGGGAGGCCGCCGCACUCGAUCCCUUGGUGAUGACUCCUCAUCGUGCCGCAGUUCGGAGAUUGAACAAGAGGUGCCAAAACGGUUAGGUCGACGAGUACUCAAUGGAGAAUGUACCAUGAAGGCGUUGGCUCCGUUUCUCAAGUUCUGGAGAAGAGAUGAUGUGAGCAUGACGAAGGCGGAAAGAACAAUGAAAGCGGCCAUACUGAUUCAGCAGUGGUAUCGACGGUAUUUGGCGCGAAUGGAAGUGCGAAGGCGGUAUACCUGGACGAUCUUCCAGAAUAUUGAGUAUGCUGGAGAGCAGGAUCAAGUGAAAUUGUACAAUUUUUUCAACGCGUUACUGAGUCAUAUGAGGGAUACCAGUGGACGGCCGUCCUCGGAGCGAACCUCGAGGACAGCCUCAGUGUUGGAGCAAGUCUUUUCUGAGGAGUCAGAUGAGGGAGGAGGUGUGGACGAGACGGCACCUCCGAAGUCCUCUCAUGGCCCUGAUAUAGAGUUUCCGCUUCAGAGAAAAGAUAUUGACUUACUCAUUGAAACUUUUAGAAAGAAAAAGCAUCGCCUGCAUCCAAAGCAUGUCGCUCAAAUAUUGAAGGAGGCAACUCAGGUGUUGAAAAGACUACCAAAUAUCAAUGUGGCCACAACGUCAAUAUCCAGCCAGAUAACUGUGUGUGGAGAUUUGCAUGGAAAAUUGGAUGAUUUGUUGGUUAUUUUUCAUAAGAAUGGGUUGCCAUCCCCUGAGAAUCCGUAUAUAUUCAAUGGAGACUUCGUGGACCGAGGCAAGAAGAGUCUGGAAGUGAUUCUUUUAUUACUCGCUUGUAUGCUCGCUUUCCCUGGUGGAGUUUAUUUAAAUCGAGGCAAUCAUGAAGAUCUUAUAAUGAAUUCAAGGUAUGGUUUCAUUAAGGAAGUACAUCAAAAAUACCGGCACAAUGCGGAGCGACUAUUGAAGCUGAUAGAGUGCGUAUAUCGAUGGCUGCCACUGGGGACGAUCAUCAACAAUCGAGUGUUUGUGGUGCAUGGCGGUAUUUCGGAUACUACAGAUUUGGACAUGAUUCGCAGUUUGGAACGUGACAAGUACGUCUCACUCCUUCGUCCUCCAGUGAAUGAAAAUUCCGCUUCGGGCGCUGAAGUUAUCGACAAAGUAGAGUGGAAACAGGUAUUUGACAUCUUAUGGUCAGAUCCCCAGUGUAAUGGAGGUUGCGUCGCGAACGCCUUGCGUGGAGCUGGUACUUAUUUUGGGCCUGAUGUAACCACUUCCUUUCUACAGAAGAACAAGUUGAGCUUUAUUAUUCGAAGUCAUGAAUGCAAGCCUGGUGGAUACGAGUUACUACAUAAUGGAAAUGUUAUAACCAUCUUCUCAGCAUCCAAUUACUAUGAACUCGGUUCUAACAAAGGGGCAUACUUGAAGCUCUGUGGCAAUUCUUUAGAGCGACAGUUUGUACAAUAUACAGCAGCUGUAUCACGCACCCGUCGCCUCACAUUCCGACAACGUGUCGGUCUCGUCGAGUCUUCCGCUAUGAGAGAACUACACAACCAGAUAAUGAUGGCACGGAGACCACUAGAAGCUACUUUUCGUAGUAUGGACAUAGAUCAGAGUGGUUACAUAACGGUUGGUGAUUGGUGCACGGCCAUGGAAGAAAUAACACAUCUUGGUCUUCCUUGGAGGAUGCUGAAGGAUAAAUUGGUGCGAACUGAUCUUGAGACACGACGCGUGCGGUAUAUGGACACUUUUGAUCUAUAUGCCAAUAAAAUGGGCCGUAAAGCUGAUACCACUACCGUAGUGGAGACUCUUUAUAAGAAUAAAAGGAGUCUCGAGACGAUAUUCAAAAUUCUAGAUAAAGACAAUUCAGGGUACAUCACAUUGGAAGAGUUUUCAGAAGCUUGUCAAUUAUUAGGAAAAUAUAUGCCGAAUCCUAUGACUCAAGAGCAAUUGGUUGAUAUUUGCCGACUGAUGGACAUCAACAAGGACGGUUUGGUAGAUUUAAAUGAGUUUUUAGAAAGCUUUCGUCUCGCUGAAAAGAGUUUAACAGACGAGGACAGCGAAUUCGCCAAUAUGCAAGCCACUUGACAGGAACAAGGCCGUCGUCCAAGCAGGACGGCGGUCGAUAAGGACGAGACUGGUGUUGAAAUAGAAAUCCUCAGAUUGGAAGACGGAACUCAGAAAACAGAUGUUAAAAAUGAUAAAAAUGGUCAGGCUCAUUUAAUGGGCGAUUCCGUACCGUGCGCAUCUAAAGAGAUGGAUGAUAUUGAACUUAUAGAUUAUGAGGAUACACCGAAGCGGCCUGGACUGCUAGAAAGUGAUAUUUAAAAAUACACUGCCUGAGUUAAUUGAAUGGAUCUAUAACAAAAUACGGAUCAUAUUUUCUAUAUUUUGUUAAAUAGGUAUUACAUUUUAAAAAAUCUACAUGUGCUUGAAAAUGUUUUCUUAUCAUUCGUGUCUUAUAGGAAGUUUAAUGUAUUUUCUAUCAGAUAACAUAAAGCCUAAUAUUUCUAUUGAAAAAUUAUAUUAGUAGUCUAGGUAAAAUAAAUUUAACUAUUAAAAUAUGUAGAUUUUGCUGUUAUUUCCAAAGAUACUCGUGAUGUACCUAUUACAUAGAUUAUUAGCAUAUAUGGCUAAUAAUAUUUUGAUAUUCGAAUUAAUUCUGAAAUUGGUGCCAAGUUUAUUGAAAGUUUAGCAAAUUGACUUAAUGACUGGCCAAUAAUAACUAAUGUAAAUUAUUAUUUUGAAGUUAAAAUUAUUUAUUGUUAAAUCAAUGAAUUAACGAAUGGGAACAAAUACAUUGAAGAUUCGACUUUAAUAAAUCUAUUAAUAUAAUUAUUUAUUGAUACUUUAUAGUACUUACAAAUGAAAUAUAUGCCAGUAAUACAUUUAAAUAUAACUUUUUCGGUAAUUAAUCAAAAUUAAAAGUGUUAUUAAUUUGUAAUUUUGCAUAGAAUAAAUAUACCUUUUAGCAAUUUCUUGGUAUAAAUAUAUUAAACGAUUUAGUUCCUUAAUUUAUAUAAGUAUUUAAUAUAAAAAUAAAUAUUAUACACUAACAAUAAGAAUGUAUAGAGAUUGUAUUGUAUAUCAAUGAUUUAAAUUGAUUUAUUUCAAAAAUGAUAACAUUUAUUUUAAUUCACAUAUUUCUCUAGUCUUAUUAUACAGAUUACGGAUUUGCAUACAUAUCUCUUAUAAUCAUUCCAAUUUCCGCAUCAGUGAUAUUAGAAAUGUGCCAGAUCAGAAGAUCCUCGAAUAGCGAUUUCUGGAAUAAAUCUUACAUCGUAGCGUCAAGGCUUCAUUUUCAUUGUUAACGUUAACCUUUACCAAUGUUAUUCAUAAAUUUAAUAGAUCAACAGAAGUGCUUCAUUGAAAUUUUGUAUAGAAAUGUAUCGCAUAAAAUUAUCUUGUAAUAUUAUUGUACUUAUGUGGGACAUUUUGCGUAAUAGCAUAGAUAAAUUAUUAAUAAAUAUUUUCCAUAUCUUAAAUACUUUUAGUAUUUGAGUGUUCGUAUAGAUCAACCAAUUAAUCAAGUAACUGAUAUGGUAUGAAGGAUAAGUAUAGGCUGCUUAUUGCAAUAAUUGCAGUGGGCUGACUAUAUAGCCCAAAGAACCGACAACCGCCGGGGAAGAAAGGUUCUCGAGUACCUCAUACAAGCAAAUGCAGAGCGGGAUAGCCUCGUUUUAGAUAGUAGAACAAGAACUUUAAAUGUAUCGUAGAUCAGUGGAUGCAGGUGGUUUAGUACCGUUCCAUAUGGUAGGAUUCAUAUUCAGUAGAGGAUAACUAAUGGCUGAAAAUAAUGAUUUUUGAUUUUUAAUAAAUUUAUACGGUUUAUAUAUAACUUACAUAUUAAUUCUUUUUUCAAGGUUUUUUAAAAUAACAUACAAUUCACAUGAAAAGGUUUGCUAGAAGAAAUCUCUUACUAGAGAUAAGCUCGCCUUUGUACAUUUUGUUUCAAAUGAAUUGUGGUUAACAUUAUAUUUUGUGUACAAUAAAGAAUAAAAAAGGUUUGAUUAAGUUGGCAAAUAUAAGUAAUUAUGACUCAAAUGGUUUGCAACAAAAUACUUUAGAGAGCCGAACACGACCCUCAACUCUACGCCCAGGCAAUCUACGAAGGAGUAAAUCCAUGAAAUAAAUCUUGAUUCAAAGAUUGAUCCUUGAAGGUUAAUCCUCAGAGAAAAAAACGUUCUCUUUGGUUAAAUUAUGACAAAGUGAACACUAAAUAUUUUAUUUAAUAAAAUGGUUGUAAGGAAACUUCUAAUUCUUUUCUUAAUUUUUAAUUUAGACUUGGGCAUUCAGUGUAUUCUGUGUAUUUAGGGGUUGUUCAUGUCUAUAGACAAUGAUCUAUUACUAUCCAUGUUAUAUAAAAAAAGAAUUUAAUCUUUAAUAAAGUGAUAAAUUAUUGUCUGAAACGAAGAUUAUUAAAGAAAUGUAACUAUAAAAUAGUAAGUUGUUAUUUUUCAACUAACUUUAAAAAGAUGGAGGUUUAUUUAUUUGUUUAUUUUACACUUUAUUGCAUAGGUUCUAUUCGGUUGAAUUUUAUUAUAUUUGUUACCUCAUAAUUCCGUUAGUUCUAAACCGAUUUUGCAAAUUCUUCUUUUAUCUGAAAGUAUGUAUUUACAGAUUGGUUCCCCAGAAAUUUUAUCAAAAUCGAUUCAAUAGUUUAGUUUAUAAAUCAAAAUAACUGAUUAUGCCACAAUUGAAGUCGUUUUUGUGUAUAACGAAUAUUCAUUGAAAUUGAAAUAAAAUAUUCAAUUACGUAAUUUACUUUUUUAAAAAUUACAGUAAUUUAGUGUGUCUAAACUCUACAUUUGUACAAAAUCUGUAUGACAUAUAAAUAUAUAUACGCUAGGGUCUUAUGGACUGUCUUCCAGGAAUGAUUAUAUGCGUCGUUGGCCUGUUUAUGACACAAUCUGUCUUUUGCCCUAACAUAUUGGCUAUUUUAGAGGCACUGUACGUGACGUCGGCGGGUCGUCCCAGACGAUAGUUCACAACACGAUAUAUGUAUCUAACAAUAUAUUCUGUAUUAUAGUUUGGGUUGUAACAUGGGGUACUUAUUUAGGUAUACAAGUUCUGUUUGUCUGUAUUUUUGUUUAUAGAUAUUAUAUAUUUUAGUUUUAACAAUACAAAACUCAACAAUAAAAUCAUACGGACAAAAAUCUCAUAUAUUCAUGAGGUUAUAUGAGGUGAUUGAGAUGUAAGUUUCUAUCUGAGAAUUUUCAAUAUAGAUUUUAAAUUAAGAGUAGGUAGACUCUUUUAUUUGCAUAGGUACCUACAAUUUGGUGUGGGAUACGAGUCGACGGCUCACAUGAUGGAAAGUGAUGUCACUAAUAAGGUAUUUUUGAUGACAAUACAGAAUAUUUAUAUUGUAAUUCCGCGUAAAACAAUGAAGAGACUCGUGUAUCUGACAAAAAGUAUUUUUUUUUUGAUAUGACAGAAUGUAGUAUUAAAUGGUGCUUUUUUGCCUACAGUGAAUAUAGAAAAAAAGAAAGGUGGGUGUCAGUGAGUACAUACCUACCUACGUGGACGAGGAUUCCGUACAGGGUUUUUACACCAGAUUACUUGUUCCAAAGUCAAAUUUAACAUGCCACACAAAUCAAAUCUAACAUGUCACGCUUACUACUAAAUACCAUAUAUUAAAGUUUCGUUCCCAUUUUUCCUGGAUAUUGAUUUUCAAAAGUUAUCAAUGAUACCAAUGGCGAAACGACCCAUCUAUCAGGCUUAAUGACUUAAAUGUAAUUGAAUAAUUUAAGAACUGACAGUUCCACUUCCGCAGCGUAAUCGAUAAUACAUUCGUCACGAAUGAGCGCUUUUAAUUAUUCAUCGGAGCACGGUACACACGAUUUUAUCAUUCCGAUGUAAUAGGAAAGUAAAACCUAUGCAAUUGCAUUAAGACGCCUUACAUUUUUGUGGUCCUCUGUUAUAUUAAUAUUGUUUUAGUUUUCCUAUUAAUUAUAUUGUGUUAAAAAUUAUAUAUUUUGUGUUAAAUAUUUGAGUUAGAGAAAUCAAAACAUUAAUUUUUAGGACCUUCCUAGAAUUCAAGCCUAUCUCGUUUACUACUGAACAUAGGUAUUCCUUAAUAUCCUCUGACUGAUGACAAGGAACAGUUCUAAGCAUCCAUUAACAUCCUGUCACGAGUUCAUAAUCUAUUUUCAUUUGCACUUCACAUGGAGUAUAAAUUUCAAUGGAGUGCUUGACGCAUGACUCAAUAGUCAAACAAUUUGUUUAGCUAUUUUGACCUUAGAGUUAUUAGUAAUUCUAUAUUAAAAAGUAAGAAAUAAUUUACUAGGCAAUUAUCUAUAUUAUUAAAUAAUUUUUAUUAAUAUCAUGCUACCAAAUAAAUUAAACGUACUGUAGAAAUGAUUUUCAUCCUCAAAAGAACUUAUAAUAUUUAAUAUUCACGAAUUUGUAGUCUACCGAUAUCUAUUGUAUUUUGAAUAAUUGUCCAUUAAAUUGUGAUAUUGCUGUG